AUGCGCUUCACUACUCGUGUCUUAUCCUUCCUUUCCCUCGGCCUUGCCUCAGUCUGGCUUGCCCAGUCUGCCGCUAUUGACAAGCCCGCUCCUCGGGGCAUGGACCUGGAAGCGCGCCAGGCAUCCGGGUAUCGCUCCGUGGUAUACUUUGUGAACUGGGCGAUCUAUGGUCGAGGCCAUGAUCCCCAGGACCUUCAUAUUGAUGAGCUCACGCACGUCCUUUAUGCAUUCGCCAACGUGCGGCCCGAGAGUGGCGAGGUGUAUCUCUCCGACAGCUAUGCCGAUCUGGAGAAGCAUUAUCCCGAUGACUCAUGGUCUGAAGAUGGCAACAAUGUCUACGGAUGCGUCAAGCAGCUGUAUCUUCUCAAGCAGAAGAACCGCAACCUGAAGGUGCUCCUGUCAAUCGGAGGAUGGACCUACUCUAAGAACUUUGCGCAGCCUGCUAGUACUGAAGCCGGUCGCAAGAAGUUCGCGGAAACGUCCGUCAAGCUGCUGCAGGACUUAGGAUUUGACGGCUUGGAUGUUGACUGGGAGUAUCCCGAAAAUGACGACCAAGCGAGUGACUUUGUACUGCUUCUCAAGGAAGUGAGAUCGGCCCUUGAUGCAUAUAGCCAGGAACACGGAGAUGGGAAGAAGUUCCUUCUCACAGUGGCUUCUCCAGCGGGUCCUCAAAACUACGAAAAGCUGCAUUUCGCCGAAAUGAACGAACAGCUCGACUUCUGGAACCUGAUGGCCUACGACUACGCGGGCAGUUUCUCCGACUUCACCGGCCACCAAGCGAACGGUUACAACGACACCUCGAACCCCAACAGCACACCCUUCAACACCCAACAGGCGGUCGACGCCUACAUCGAGGGCGGUGUCCCCGCCGACCGAAUCGUUCUCGGCAUGCCCAUCUACGGACGCGCGUUCGCUGGCACCGACGGCCUAGGUGAGACAUUUAGCGGCGUCGGCGAGGGAAGCUGGGAGAACGGCAUUUGGGACUACAAGGCGCUGCCGCAGAGUGGUGCGGAAGAGCAUAUCGAUGAGGACCUCAUCGCUAGCUACAGCUAUGACUCUUCGAAGAAGCUCCUGAUCAGCUACGACACGCCCAGAGUGGCUGAGCUGAAGUCUGAAUACAUCAAGUCCAAGGGUCUGGGAGGUGGUAUGUGGUGGGAAAGCAGCGCUGAUAAGACCGGCGACGAGAGUCUGAUUACAACGGUAGUAAAUGCACUCGGAGGGACUAGCGGACUCGAACAGGCUGAGAACGAGCUGGACUAUCCUGCGUCGGAAUAUGAUAACCUGCGCAAUGGGAUGGGAUCGUCCUAGAUGAGUGGUGUGGUGGUUGAUGAUUCUAGGAUCACGCACGCGAGUCAUUUGAGGCCAUCUUCGGGUGGAAUGAGUCUUGUUUAUUGAACCAGUAUCUACAAUCUUUAUGCAACGUAUAUUCUUU